GGUCGACCAUGUCUGCGCAGGCACUGCCCGAGGAGCUCCUCGAGCUUAUACUACACCAUAUCGACGAUAAAUCACAACUUUCGUGCUGCUCCCUCGUCUGCCGCGUCUGGUUGUUCCCGAGCUCCCGACUCCUCUUCCGCAAACUUGAACUGAACGUGCAGCCUCAGCCCGAGUCACCGGAUACAGCAUGCCACAAUUGGCACGACUACUUGAAAGCGAUGAAAGCCUCUGCGCGCAUACAACACUGCGUCAGGAAGCUGUCCUUCUACUCCUCAAAGGGCAAAUGGCCAGUAUGGCCCGCGUCGAUUCUGCUUGAGACGCUUCGAACGCUCCCCAACUUGAAAUCCAUUACUCUGGCACGUCUCAACUUUAGCUUCGAUGAUGACAUAUCUCCUUCUCCGUUGGUUUCACAUUGGCUGGAAGAUGGGCUCUCCCUCGACACGGUUGAGCUGCGCGAUAUCUCCAGUUUGGGCACCUACCAUGGCCAAGCUGCAGAGAGCGGAGCGUCCGAAAGCAUGGGACUCGCCGCGAUCCUCGGCCUGUUUACGAGCAUCAGGUUCCUCUCGAUCCGCUAUACUAUGCUUCCACGCAGAUAUCCUGCUACCUGGCAUGGUUUCGCACCGAUCCCACUUCCACGCCAAACACCGCUCAAACUCGAAGAGUUGCACUUGAAGGGAGAAUUGGGUGCAAAGAUGCUGGGGGCGCUGAAAGAGAUGGUGGACUCACAUCACCUGCGCGUGCUCUUCGUCGAGCUGAGUGCGCCGGUGCUAUCGCUCGCAGAUGAGUUCGUUAGGCGCAUGACGGCGCUGCAAACCGUCCGUUUUGCGAUACGGGGGGAUCUCAUGGAAAUGCGGCUAGCUAUCCUGGUGAACCUGUCCGCAUGCGCCGAACUGAAAUCGAUAUGCAUUUGUCCUUUUCGAUACUACCCUUACAAUCAAGUAGAGGCAACCAAUGUGUACAUAGGGUGCACGGUUGUGUCCAUACUCUCGACGGCACCUCCUUCAGUUCGGUGGAUUCGUCUCUACCUCGAUACGGUCGUUAUAUACCCCAGCUUAACCGUGCUGCGACAAGUCGAUUGGACAUCAUUUAGCAGGAGUCUCGAACGAUUAUCUCAGCUGGAGGUCCUUGAGCUGAGUCCAUGGCUCAGUUCUCGUUGGACGAACGAUAUGAUAGAGGUAGUAAAGGGGGAACUAUCGCCUGCGACACGACAAGCACUGCAGUUCACGUAAGGGACUCGCUCUUCAUUAGAGACGUUAAUUGAAGUACAGCUAUCUGUGGUAUACUUCGUAAUGUGCUAUACGC